AUGGAAGACCCAAAUGAAGAUAAAGAGACACGAGAAUACCGGCUAAAACUGCAAAAGCAAAAAGAGCUGAGGGAGCAAAUACUCGCCAAAAAAGAAGCUAGAAGAAAAGCAGCUGCAGCUAUUAAAGCCUCAGAGCUAGCCAGCAAAAAGGCAAGGGAAGAAAAGGAGAACAACAAGAAAGCCGAAGAUCAAAAGAAGAAGGAGCAGCAUCCCUUCCAACAACCUCCACCGCCACAGCCGGGACAGAUGGAUCGGAAAGGGUUCAAAGGUGGGCCAAAUCAACAUCAGAUAAGACCAAACCAGCAUGGCAGCCCACGCUUACCUGCUCCUCACCCAAACCAGAACAGACAGCGAUUCAAUAGGCCACGGAUGCCUCCCCCUCUGAUGCCAGAAGGGCCUCGUGCUCACCACAGCCAUCAGCCUCCUUUCCGUAGACAGUCUCCUCCACCUCUUGAUCGACAUCAUCAUCGGCCAGAUGCUCAUCAUCAACCCAGUCCAAUCAGGACACCACCUCCCUUAUUUAGUGAACCACCACCCCUACACAAUGUGGAUUCGGGUUUCCAGCAAGAUGGAAUAAGACCACCCUAUUAUGGCCCACACAGUAAUUCAGGGCAGCAGCCUAUGCAUCCUGUCCUGCCACAAGAGAUGCAACCUCACCACCAUGGCCCUCCUCCACAGCGGCACAUCCCACCCCCACAUCCUCCACCACCCAUUCACAACCAGCCACCACCCCACAUGCAGCACCCACCACCUUCUCACCCUCCACCUCCUCAGCAUCAUCCUCCUCCACACCAGCCACCCUCUGACAUGCAGCACAUACCUGGACGACCUAGCAUGCCUCCUCCCCACCAUCAUGGACCUCCACAUCUACAGGGUCCACCUCAUAGACCCUCACAUCCACCCAACCAUGGCCCACCUCAUGCACAUCCCCCGGAUCUGAACCAAAGGCCGCCAGUCUCCCAGGGCCACCGUGACCAGUACCACCAUCAGAGUGAUUCCUUCCCACCACGAGGGCCUCCUCCAUUACCUGCUCACCACGAAUCAGUGGGAGGACAACGAGACUACAGGGAAAGCCAUCGGUUUACAGAGCCUCCUCCAUCUUGGGAGGAACCCCAUGCCAUGUGUAAUGACUAUAAUGAAUAUAAUGAAGUCUAUAAUGAGCCUAGAGUGGACCCCUAUGAAAGGGAUGAUUACUAUCACAAAAACCAGUAUCAAGAGGAGCCCCCUUACCAGGACUCCUAUUAUGAUCAACCUUACUCUGAGCCACCACCAAAGUAUGAAGAAGAAUACCAGCGCCCUCGAGUCAGGGAGGAGUACCCCCAAGAGCCAUACCCAGAGGAAUCAUACCAAGGAUAUGACCAGCCCGAACAGCAGGAGAAUUAUAGGCCAGCUGCCAGGAGUAGGGAUGUUAGAAGUCGGCUUGGAGGAAGAGUCACAGUCGGCCAAAAUCCACAUCAUCUACAGGUUAAAGUUGUCCAGAAUCUCUCAGAAGAAGCUGAGUCUCCACCAGCACAACCUCAAAUCGGACAGAAAAUACAAACUGUGCAACGGCAGCAACCAGCACGCUCACGUAAAUACAAAAGGAUUACAAGGAAGAACAUGAAAGGAGAAGUUAUUUCAGUAAAAAAGAUCCCAGUUGAUGAACACGGCAAUCAAAUUGGACCUCCAGUAACAGAAUUUGAAGCCAAUGAGUCUUAUAUGGAGAGCACAAAUACUGCUGCUUCAGUUUCUAGCAAUCAACAACAGCGAGUGCCAGUUGUGAAAACAUUGCGUCAGAUAGUUAGGAAAGUACCAGCAAAUCGACAGCAAACACAGCAGCAGCAGCAACAGCAGCAACAACAAGUUCCACCAGUAACUCAGCAACAGGUCAAGCUAAGAGAAAUUCCACAAGCUGAGCAGAGCAAAGCACAGACUCAGCAAGGAAAAAUUGUAAAGAGAAUGGUUGUAUCCACUGGAGAUGUAUCAUCACAGUCAAAUCAAGCAGGACGUCGCAUUGUGACAACUGGAGCCCCAAAAGGGAAUAACAGCAGCAGCAAUACUGUCCACAGACCAGGAAGCGGAAUCCGGAGAGUGAUCACACAGACGCCAGCAUCACAGACAGGAAACACAGAAGGGUACCAUACUGUCCAUCUGUGUGAUCUACCGACCAAUCUCACAUUAACAGACAUUACUCAGAUGGUGAACAGUGCAGGAGUUGGGCAGCCUUUGGGUGUAGACUAUGUGUCAGGGUCAAGAGAGUGUGUCAUUACAUUCCAUCAGUCAGAGGUUGCUGCUAAGUUUUACCAGAAAAUAAAUCGCAGAAUGGUGAACAUGUCAUUUAUCAGGGCAAAGAUGUACUAAAUAGAUUUUGCAUAUGAUGGUUGCGAGAAUGAAUUUCCUAUUCUGUGUGAGUGCAGAGAUGAAAGAUGUCGUGGUGAAGGUAGUCAAAAGGUAGUCAGAUUCCUCUGAAAGUGGCAUUAUGAGAAGAAUUAUUUUCUUACAUUGAUAAAAUCAGACUUGUGCAAUUUGAUGCUUUAUUUCUUUGUAUUAAUAUUGACAAGUUCCACAAAGUGACAGUGCUAAUGUCUAAAGUAAUCUCAUAUUCAUAAAGUAGGUCAGGUUAUCUAAAAUUUCUUUGGCAGUUGUUUAUAAUACCCUGCCAUAACCUAAGCAUUUAAAAAAGCCUAGUAUUAGAAGGCAGACUACCUGAAACACAUUACAAAAAGUGUGCGGUGUCAAAUAAUUUCACAGCUAAUGUGGCAGUUCAACUUGUCUUUGAUUUGAAUAUAUUUCAGUAAGCAUUAUUUGUUUGAUGAUACCUUCACCAUCAUGAGUACAUAAGCAUCAUUCUCGUUGACAGCUUAGAGGUAUUCAUAAAAUUAGUUAAGUACUCUCACAGGGAUGCAGAUGUGAACAUGCACACACUCAUGCAUGCACCCGCACACGCACAUGUACACACACACACGCACAUGUACACACACACACGCACACGUACACACACACACGUACACACACACACACACA